UGAAAACAGAUAACCGUAUACAAGAUGUGAACUUUGCCCGUGAUGUUUGCGACAAUGUCGUUCUCCAGCAUAUGAAAUCGUUUCCCCCCACGCACGCUGUCACCUUCAACCAAUUGCCGCCCUUCCAAUCACAAAAAGCAAUUUGCAGUUACACAUAAAUCGACCCACAACUGCAUUGAUCUACGCUACUCCAUGCGCAGUAUGUGGGACAGAAAGCUUAGAUCGACCUCCGAAAAUACAACAGCCCAACUUCCAACUGAAGAGCCUCAAUCAAAUCCUGAGACUGUGUAUCCGGAUUCAAUCACGACAGCCGAGGCAUCGCCGCCAGCCGCUCCAGGGUCGCAAUACAACAAUAUCCAAUGGACACUUAUCGCUCUUGCCGUUUACUCUUCGGCUUUCUUCUACGGACUUGACACUACGAUUGUAGCAGUGGUACAAGGACCGAUCGUUGAACGAUUUGGCGAAGUUGAGAAGCUUGGAUGGCUAGGUAUAGGAUUUCCGCUCGGCAGUAUUGCCACAAUUGCCGUCUGGAGUAAGUCUUAUGGCAUGUUCGAUACGAAAUGGAUGUACAUCGGCAGUCUGGUCCAUUUCGCUGCAGGAAGUGCUCUUUGCGGCGCCGCACCGACUAUGAAUGGACUAAUCGUCGGACGAGUAUGGGCUGGUGCUGGUGGAGCUGGCAUGUAUCUCGGCCAGUUGAACAUUUGGACCCAGAACACUAUUAUCGAAAAGAGAUCGCUCUACAUCAGUGGUGGAGGCAUGGUUUGGGGCGCAGGAUGCAUUCUCGGACCCAUCAUCGGUGGCGCCUUUGCUGACAGUUCGGCCACCUGGCGAUGGGCAUUCUACAUGAACUUGGUUCUUUUCGGGAUCUUCUCGCCAGUUUACUUUAUCGUCAUUCGCUCUUUCAUGCCACGGCCCAAUGACAGCUUGGUCACUAGAUUGAAAGAGUUGGACUGGCUGGGGGUGAUUUUGAACUCCGGAAUGUACGUGUCAUUUGUGAUCGGCUUCGCUAUCGGUGGAACCCUAUGGCCCUGGAGUGAUGGCCGUACGAUUGGAAGCAUCGUUGCUUGUGGACUCGUCUUUAUUCUGUUCUGCAUACAGCAGAAGUACAGCUUCUUAACCACUCCAACGGACCAGAUCUUUCCACUCCGGUUCCUCAAAAGCAAGACAUUCUGGCUACUGUUCAUCGGGCAGUCCUGCACCUCUACGGUGCUAGCAGUGGCAAUAUUCUAUAUCCCUCUAAUCUUCCAAUUCACAAGAGCAGAAUCCGCCGUUUCUUCCGCAGUCCGUCUUCUCCCCCUUGUCAUCAUCAACAUCGUCACAGUCUUCGCAAAUGGCUACCUCCUCCCGAAGCUGAAGUACUACAUGCCCUGGUACGUUGCAUCCGGCGUCAUGAACACGAUCGGAGGGGCCCUCUUCUUCGGCACGCUCGACCGCAGUACUUCGAAUGCCGCAAUAUACGGCUACAGCGUCCUCCUCGCCCUCGGCACCGGCUUCACCCAGCAAGCUGCAUACUCCGUCGCCGCCGUCAAGGCCCCCAAUCACGUCUCGGACGCCAUAGGCUUCAUCAACACCGCACAGAUCGGCUCCGUGGUCGUCGCACUCACAUUCACGUCGCUCAUAUUCCAAAAUGUAGGAUUCCACAAGGUUAAAGAUGCACUGAGCGGGCUCGGAUUCGGCGACCAUGAGAUCAGGGCUGCGCUUGGUGGAGCUAGGAGUCGGAUCUUUGAGAGCGAUAGCAUCAGCGCAGCAGUGCGGAUGCAAGUGCAGGAAGGUAUCAUAGAUGCGAUUCGCUGGAGUUUCAUCACGGUUCUUAUUGCCGGAGUAGCCAGUCUGAUUGCUGGCGUGCUCAUGAAGAGAGAGAAAUUGUUUGGUGCAAGCGAGGAAAAUAAGGAAGUCCUAAAAGCCACUGAGACGCAGGAAGACGGACAGGAAAAGGCAAAGGAGUGAAUUACUAUAUACCAAGAGUCUAG